AAUUAUCAACUCAAUCACCGCACCAUGGCCAAGUCCAUCCGCUCCAAGCGCAUGCGCAAGUUCCGCAACGUCAAGCGAGAACACAACAAGGUCCGCGAGGAAAUCAUGCUCCGCCACGCUGUUGCUGGUGGCUUUGACCCCAACGUUGAGCCCGUCCCGCUGCUGCCCCACCAAAAGUCGUCGGGCUUCUCGUUCUGGUCUGUUGUCGACGAGAUGAAGCGCGAGCAGGGCAUUCUCGACUCGCCCACUCCAAUCCCGAACGCGCCCGGCAUUGCCCCGACGCCCGCCCCGGCCGCCAUGAACACGACUCAAUCAGCAAACGACGACGACGACGACGAUGAUGUUGAAGCCGACCAAACCGCAGCGGCAUCCAGCACUCGUCGCUCAACACGUCGCAGUGGCGCUGCAUCGGUCGACGUUGUGGACAUGGAGCUCGGCGCCGAAGUUGAGGAGCGCAUCCACCGACCACUUUCUGCUAGUGCCAUCAAGAAGCGAAAAUCUGCCUUGAAGCUUAAGCGCAAGGGUGUUAAGAAUACCAAGCGAUUCAACUUGUAAUUUGCGCCAGUUGAUUCAGUACAUAUUCCCUAUUCUUGUUGCGGUUGAUUUGAUGUUUCAUUUGUGCAUGUUUUUAAACAGGUGUGUGUGUGUGUGUGUGUGCGUGUGCGUGUGUGUGUGCGUGUGUGUUUGGUGUUGGUUUACACUGUUUUUGUUUGUGUUUGUCCUUGUGUUGUUUGCUUUUGUCGGGCGACUGUAUCAUUCCUUGUCAGCAAGUAACGAAACAACAACAAACAAACCUCUGC